GUUGCUAUGGUGACGCAGAGGCCGCAUCCACGCGUCCGGGGAAGCUGGUCAGGUCGCUGGGUGCCUCUGUUCCCCCUGUCCAGGCUGCGGCGCGCCGUGGCGAGGCAGAGGGCGUGGGACGCGGGUACACGGGUCCCCAUCAUCGCACAGGCGCUGGAGAUGCUGUUUUACCAUAUAUGAGAAAUCUGUCCCGAUAUGGAAAACUUUAUCCUGUAUGAGGAGAUUGGCAGAGGGAGCAAGACCGUGGUGUAUAAGGGGCGUCGGAAGGGGACCAUCAAUUUCGUGGCCAUUCUUUGUACGGAAAAGUGCAAACGGCCUGAGAUUACCAACUGGGUCCGUCUCACCCACGACAUCAAACACAAGAACAUUGUGGCUUUCCACGAAUGGUACGAGACCAGCAACCACCUCUGGAUGGUGGUGGAGCUCUGCACAGGUGGUUCUUUAGAAACUGUGAUUGCUCAGGACCAGAACCUCCCAGAAGAUGUGGUGAGAGAGUUUGGCGUGGACCUGGUCACGGGGCUGCACCAUCUCCACAGGCUUGGCAUCCUCUUUUGUGACCUUACUCCUGGGAAGAUACUCUUGGAAGGACCUGGAACCCUGAAGUUCAGCAAUUUCUGCCUGGCAAAAGUGGAAGGAGAGAGUCUGGAGGAGUUUUUUGCUUUGGUAGCAGCAGAAGAAGGAAGUGGGGAUAGUGGAGAAAACACACUGAAGAAAAACAUGAAAAACCGAGUCAGAGGCUCCCUGAUAUAUUCAGCACCGGAAAUCGUGAAGGGAACUGACUUUUCUGUCACCAGCGACCUCUGGUCUUUGGGCUGUCUGCUUUAUGAGAUGUUCUCAGGUAAAGCCCCGUUCUUCUCCGAAACCGUGUCAGAAUUGGUUGAGAAGAUUCUAUAUGAAGACCCGUUGCCGCCGGUCCCGAAGGAUUCUGCAUUCCCCAAAGCGUCCUCAGACUUCAUCGAUUUGCUGCAUGGGUUGCUGCAGAAGGACCCUCAGAAAAGGUUAUCGUGGGACGGCGUCCUGCAGCACUCCUUCUGGAAGGACUCCCUGCGGAGAGAAGACUUGGACCUGGCCUCUGAGGACUGCAGCUUCAGCAGCAGAAAUGUCAUGGAAUGUUCUGGACCGAAUGAUUCCAGGGAGUUUUUGCAGAGCCCUCAGAAUGGACAAGGGAAAGGGCAGAAGGGAGCUCACCGACUCAGCCAGUCUUUCCGGCUAGACACCCCGACUGAGCUGAGGCCCAAGAGUACCAAAGGGGGCCAGCUGAAUGAAUCCAUAUUUCUCCUCAGUUCACGGCCCACUCCAAGGACUAGUGCCAUGGUGGGAUUAAGUCCCGGAGAAGGUGAGGACACCAGCUCGCCACAGACCUCUCCUUUAUCCAAGAUGACAUGUGGACGUCUGAGCCGGGGGACCCUGGAAUCCCAGAUGAGAGUGCUGAUCUACACAGACUCGGAUCUUGUGAUCACCCCAAUUAUCGACAACCCCAAGAUAAUCAAACAGCCUACAAUCAAGUUUGAUCCAAAAAUCUUGCACCUACCAGCAUAUUCUGUGGACAAGCUGCAGGUUCUGAAGGACCAAGACUGGAAUGACUUCCUGCAGCAGGUGUGCUCCCAGAUAGACUCCAUCGAGAAGAGCGCAGGGACCUUGCGAGCCAAGCUGAACCUCCUGUGCUAUCUGUGUGUGGUGGCCACUCACAGGGAGGUGGCCACCAGGCUGCUCCAUUCCCCGCUGUUCCAGUUGCUAAUCCAGCAUUUGCGAAUAGCUCCAAACUGGGACAUACGGUCCAAGGUUGCUCGAGUGAUUGGCUUGCUGGCCCUACACACGGCAGAACUUCAGGAAAACGUGCCUGUUAUUGAGGCGAUCACACUCUUAACGGAAUUAAUCCGGGAGAACUUCAGGAGCAGCAAGCUCAAGCAGUGUCUCCUGCCCACCCUCGGACAGCUCAUCUACCUCGUGGCCACGCAGGGAGAAAAGAAGCAGCACUCCAGGGACUACUGGGCUGUCCCCUUGGCUGCGUACACUGUGCUUAUGAGGUGCCUCAGGGAAGGGGAGGAACGCGUUGUCAAUCACAUGGCUGCGAAGAUCAUUGAGAAUGUUUGCACCACGUUUUCUGCCCAGGCGCAGGGCUUCAUCACUGGGGAGGUCGGGCCUGUCCUGUGGCACCUGUUCAGACACUCCACCGUGGACUCCCUGAGGAUAACAGCCAUGUCGGCCCUGUGCAGAAUCACACGCCAGUCUCCUGCGGCCUUCCAGAGCGUCAUUGAGAAGGUGGGGCUCAAUGCCGUCAUCAGCUCCCUGGCCUCGUCCAUCUGCAAAGUGCAGCAAUACAUGCUGACGCUGUUCGCGGCCAUGCUGUCCUGUGGGGUCCAUCUGCAGCGGCUCAUCCAAGAAAAGGACUUCGUGUCUACAAUCAUCCGUUUACUGGACAGCCCGUCCACUGCCAUCAGAGCCAAAGCCUUCCUGGUGCUGCUUUACACCCUCAUUUACAACCGUGACAUGCUGCUGCUGAGCUGCCAGGCGAGGCUGGUGAUGUACAUCGAGAGAGACAGCAGGAAGACCUCCCCAGGCAAGGAGCUGCAGGCCGGGAGCGAGUACCUGGCCAGGUGCCUGGAUCUCCUCAUCCAGCACAUGGUACAGGAGCCACCGAGGAUCCUAGGUGACAUCCUCAAUGCCCUGGCAAACGUGUCCGGCCGAAAGCAUCCGUCGACGGUCCAGGGGAAGCAGCUCAAGAUGUGUCUACCCAUGAUGCCUGUGGUGCUCCACCUGGUCAUGUCUCAGGUGUUCCGGCCUCUGGUGGUGACCGAAGACUUCCUGUUCAGCUAUGGGACCAUUCUUAGUCACAUUAAGUCAGUGGACUUGGGAGAAACGAACAUAGAUGGAGCCAUAGGGAUGGCGGCCUCGGAGGAGUUCAUCAAGAUCACCCUGUCAGCAUUCGAGGCUGUGAUACAAUACCCCGUUCUGCUGGCCGACUACCGCUCCACGGUCAUCGACUACAUCCUGCCACCCUUGGUCUCCUUGGUUCAAAGCCAGAACGUGGAGUGGAGACUCUUCAGCCUGCGGUUGCUGUCUGAGACCACAACCCUGCUGGUGAGCCAGGAGCUGGAAGAUGGCGAUGAAGAGGCCAGCUGUGAUUCCGACAGCAGCCUUCUGGCGCUCCUCAGGGAUGAGCUGCUCCCCCAGUAUGAGCACAUCCUCAUGGAGCCUGACCCUGUUCCGGCCUGUGCCCUGAAGCUGCUUGUUGCUAUGACGGAACACAACCCGACUUUUGCCAGGCUUGUGGAAGAAAGCAAACUGGUCCCACUCGUUUUUGAAGUAAUUCUGGAACAUCAGGAGAACAUUCUGGGCAAUACCAUGCAGAGUGUGAUCGCAUUACUCAACAACCUGGUUGCUUACAAAGAUUCCAACAUGAAGCUGCUUUAUGAGCAAGGACUCGUUGGUCACGUCUGUCACAUGUUCAUAGAAACCGCCACGCUGUGCUUGGAUGGUGACAAUAAAAACAGCACAGAGCCGGCAGCCGCGCUGCUGGUGUCGUUGCUUGAUAUCCUGCUGGGCAUGCUGACACACACCUCUAAUGUCGUGCGGCAGGCUUUGCAGGCCCAGAAGUCAGGCUCAAGAGGGGACACGCAGGCAGCAGAGGACCUGCUGCUGCUCAGCAAACCGCUUACAGACCUCAUCAGCCUGCUUAUCCCGCUGCUUCCCAAUGAGGAUCCUGAGAUCUCUGAGGUUUCGUCCAAGUGCCUGUCCAUCCUGGUGCAGCUGUAUGGAGGAGAAAACCCAGACAGCCUGUCCCCAGAGAACCUGGAGACCUUUGCUGAUCUCCUGGUGACCAAGGAGGACCCAAAGGACCAGAAGCUUCUGCUGAGGAUCCUCAGGAGGAUGUCUGAAAGGGCCAUCGGUGCCUUCCCCAGCCUGGUGCUUCCUCAUGCCGGCCCGCCUCAUGUUGACCUCAGGGCUCUUCAGUCAGUCAGGAUGCUGCUUCAGGAGGGAAUGUCCAAACUGAGACCUGGAGGAAGGGUGUGAACAAGUGGAGCCCCCCCAACCCUUCGCUCACACACCUGCUCACCUGUUUUCAUCAUUGCUCGAUCUGUAGCCUGCUUGUCAGGCACAUGUCUCCUGGAAGGUUGGUGUUGAGUUGGUGCACAUCAGACUUCUCCUGGAGCCAUUUCCAGUCACAAAUGCCAGCACCGGGUAUGAGUCCUACUAUGUGCAGGACAUUGGGAGAGAUGAGCAAGCUCAGACAAGAGUCUCACGGCUCUGAGGAAGCCAACAGCACCCUGUUUAGUGUCCAACUCUGAGGCGCUGACAGUUCAGGAAGCAGACUUCCUGUAAAUGGGUAUCUAACAGUUCUCAUCCCUUCCUACCAGCUCCACUCAGUGCCGAUACUCCCGGAGGUGUGUCAUGCCCACAGCUCAUGAGAUGCCCUCACACUUGGCGAAGCCCUGUGGUGGCCGUGUUUAUUCCUGAGAUCCUUGUGACAGAGUGCAAUGCUUACCCUAGCAACAGGCCGGAGUCUCAGCUCUGCCAGGAAGGCCUGGCCAAGUCGCCUUUACCUCCACGUGGACCUGAGGAACAUUUGUUACCUUAGGAAAAUUGAGUCUUUGUUUUCAUUUGCUGACCUAGUAGCCAGCUUGUGACCUUAGAGGUACACGGAGUCGGGCAUUACAGAAAUGACUGAAAAGUGAAAAGUGUCCUAACAAACAGCCGGAAACAAAACAGGACUCUCACCACUCACACUGUCCCACACAGGACUCUCACCACUCACAGUGUCCCACACAGGACUCUCACUAUUCACACUGUCCCCACACAAGACUCUCACUAUUCACACGCUCCCACACAGGACGCUCACUAUUCACACUGUCCCACACAGGACUCUCACUAUUCACACUGUCCCCACACAAGACUCUCACUAUUCACACGCUCCCACACAGGACGCUCACUAUUCACACUGUCCCACACAGGACUCUCACUAUUCACACUGUCCCCACACAAGACUCUCACUAUUCACACGCUCCCACACAGGACGCUCACUAUUCACACUGUCCCACACAGGACUCUCACUAUUCACACUGUCCCCACACAAGACUCUCACUAUUCACACGCUCCCACACAGGACGCUCACUAUUCACACUGUCCCACACAGGACUCUCACUAUUCACACUGUCCCCACACAAGACUCUCACUAUUCACACGCUCCCACACAGGACGCUCACUAUUCACACUGUCCCACACAGGACUCUCACUAUUCACACUGUCCCCACACAAGACUCUCACUAUUCACACGCUCCCACACAGGACGCUCACUAUUCACACUGUCCCACACAGGACUCUCACUAUUCACACUGUCCCCACACAAGACUCUCACUAUUCACACGCUCCCACACAGGACGCUCACUAUUCACACUGUCCCACACAGGACUCUCACUAUUCACACUGUCCCCACACAAGACUCUCACUAUUCACACGCUCCCACACAGGACGCUCACUAUUCACACUGUCCCACACAGGACUCUCACUAUUCACACUGUCCCCACACAAGACUCUCACUAUUCACACGCUCCCACACAGGACGCUCACUAUUCACACUGUCCCACACAGGACUCUCACCAUUCACACUGUCCCCACAUAGGAUUCUCACCACUCACACUGUCCCACACAGGACUCUCACCACUCACACUGUCCCACACAGGACUCUCACUAUUCACACUGUCCCCACACAGGACUCUCACCACUCACACUGUCCCACACAGGACUCUCACUAUUCACACUGUCCCCACACAGGACUCUCAAUAUUCACACUGUCCCCACACAGGACUCUCACCAUUCACACUGUCCCCACACAGGACUCUCACCACUCUCACUGUCCCCACACAGGACUCUCACCACUCACACUGUCCCCACACAGGACUCUCACCACUCUCACUGUCCCACACAGGACUCUCACUAUUCACACUGUCCCACCCAGGACUCUCAGUAGUCACAUGCCCCCACACACACACACACAACUGCCUUUUUGCUCCAGUUUAGAUGGCAUAGGGUUUAUACCUGCCUAUCCUAACAUUAAUAAAAUAAAGUAAGUCCGUAUUUUUGGGAUCUCUGUGAACAAAUGUACCUAAAAGGAACCACCAUGGUCACUGAAAAUUGGGAGCUAGGAGAGUUGUGAAGAAAGAGAUGGGCGGCAGAUGACACAGUUGACAACAGCAAAUCAAUUGUAUUCCUCCAAGGAGGCUGCAGGCCUCAUUUGCGUGUCUGAAACACUCCAAUGCUUGCCACACCUGGGCCCCAUCUUAAUGAGACUUGAUGCGUCUUAGAUGAUCCCGUUCCUUAUAGGAAAUCAUGUAACAUCACCAGCAGUUAGGCAUGGAGCCCAAGGGGACAGGCUUGUCCCCGGGGUGGCCUUAAAUAUGGAAACACACUGAAUUUUAUAGCAUGCGUUUUUCAUCUUACCAAGGUCAAAAUGAUAAGCAAUUUAAAUUGCAUGUAAGGGGGAAAGUACCUGGAAGUUAAAUGAGAUCCAGGUGUUUAUCUGCGGGAAGCUGCCGGAUUGCCUUAGGGCUAGAAAACGGUCUUGCAUAGGGCAUUUGUUCGCCAAGUUCUGUUCCGAUUUUGAUGACAUUUUUAGGCUUUUUCAUUUCCACACACCCAGUAAUGAGAUAAACAAAGUGUAGACUGCGGGGCAAUGCUAGUUAAACAUUUAUACAGUCUAUCCUGUCAUUCCUUGAAACUAUUAAAAUGUAAUGCUCUUAUACAAAAUCAUUAUAAAUUUAUAAGCAGUCUGACGGGCGUCGAGGCGCCGUCCUGCGGCGGGCCCGUGGCUGACUCUUCUGGAUUCAGGCGGCAGCUGCUCCUGGAGUCGAGGUUCUGAGGUGAUUAGAUCCCAUGAUGCCCCGGGAGAUGCUGCUGCCUUCUCGUUUGCAUGAGACACGUGGCCGAUUAUGCUGUGUUUGGGUUUGAGACCUUCUGAAAUGCUUCGCCAACAACCAUCUUCACAGCUCUCUUUCGGCAGAAAGGUGACUGUGAAGAGUGCCCUGAAGACUUUCUGCCUUUAAAUCUCUAUUAAGACUGUAUCCCAAAAGAGUCUACAAGGAGGGGAACACUUCGUCUCCAGGACUGUGUCUCUCCCUAGGCCCAGUCUCCCAGCACCACACUGCAGUGACGUGAGCGCUGGGGAGGACGGACGUGGGGGUCGGGGAACCUUCCUAACAUGGAAGAGUCCUCUAGCAACAGUGUGGUUACAAUGUCUGUCAGACCCCCCAAACUUGACAGGGAGUUUGAGGCAUCCUCUUCUCACAUCCCAGUGCUGGUCAUUGGUACCCGGGAUGAAGAACGGGAGCUGCAUGUGUCCUUCUUGGCAGGCAGCAGAUGAGUCCUAUAGCUAUAGUGAGGGUUUUACCAUUUUGGGAGAAGGGCAGCCAAUAAUUUCUUGGUGACCAGGUGGUCACCAAGAAGCAAAUCAGAGGACAGGGACAGCCACGGCCAGAUGUCCUAGGCUGUGCCCUUUCCAGCCCCUUUUUGUCUCAUCCUCAAAAGACCCAGUGACUCAGAGAGUGGGAGAAAUAAAAUCAGAAGCAACGGGCACAGAGUGCACUGCCCUUCGCGAUGGAGGCAGACAGACAGACCGAAAAGCUGGGAAAGACAGAAAAGCUGGGAAAGACAGACAGAAAAGUUGGGGUGCUGGGAGGCUCCUCCUUCAGCUUCCAUUACCAUCAGUCUGUGUUGACUGUGAGAGCGCUAAGCCUGAUGAAUAUUGAGUUUGCAUAAGAUAUGGGCAUGAGUUGUGUUUGUGAAGAAAUAGCUGUGGCGGACCUCAUUUAUCAUAGUGUAGUAUUAAAUGAUGAAAUAUAUUCCACGAGCAUGGAAAAUGCACCCAUGAUAUAGACUGGAGAAUUUAUGUCCGUAUCAAUAAUGGCAGGGUGAACAGACUGAGCUACUGCUGAUUUUUAGAAAGGUUGUGUGGCCUUGGGAGU